AUGUCUGAACGAAAGGUGCUCACGAAAUACUACCCUCCAGAGUUCGAUCCCUCCAAAAUCGCCCGGACUCCUAAGCACCUGCGACCAACCGGACCCAAAACCAUCCCCGUACGACUGAUGGCCCCGUUCAGCAUGAAAUGUACCUCUUGUGGCGAGUACAUAUACAAAGGUCGCAAAUUCAAUGCGCGAAAGGAGACGACAGAUGAGAAAUACCUCACCAUCUCCAUAUACCGCUUCUACAUCCGUUGCACAAGAUGUUCUUCCGAGAUCACGUUCAAGACCGACCCCAAAAACAUGGACUACACCGCCGAGCGUGGCGCAAAGCGGAAUUUCGAGUCGUGGCGAGAUCCUGAAAGCAGCGAGUUGAAAGAGACCGAUGAACAGCGCCUUGACAGACUGGAGCGAGAAGAGGCCGACGAGGCAGAGAAUGCUGAACGGAGGGCCAUGGAAGAGCUGGAGCAGAAGAUGGAAGAAAGCAAACGUGAGAUGCAAGUUGCCGACGCCCUGGACGAAAUCAGACAACGAAAUGCCAGAAUAGAGCGCGGCGAGAAGGGUGGCAAGGAGGAAGAUGCACUUGCCCAGGUUAGAGACAUUCAGAAAGAGCAAAGAGAGCGAGAGGAAUUGGAAGACGCAGAAGCUGCUCGCAGAGCCUUUGAGACCCGCAAGGAGGCCUUCGAAGAGGAAGUACAGGCAAGGGACGCGCUCACCUCAGGAGGGAGCGCGGUACAGGAUGGAUCAUCCAAAGAACCACAGCCCCUACCAUCCUUCGAGCGGACCAAGAAGAUCAAGAAGCCUCUCGUUCCCGGCUUGGUCCGUAAGACCGAGACUGUUUUAGCCCCGCCAGUCAGGCAAUCGGGACACGCGCCAGCUCCUUCAAAAUCAAUAGGGCUAGCUCUAGGCGACUACGACUCGGACGAGGACUGA